CUUAUCUCCCGACGACCACGGCUCCGCCUGGUUGUGGUUUAAUCGAAGGUUUAUAAUUCCCUAACUACUUUGCCAUUCUUGUUCGUUGUUUGUGUCGUUGGUCAUGGAGUGCUAAAUUUUCUUGUUUUGUAUGAUUUUUCUGGACUCGUGAAUCUUUUGAUUGCUUUCCCGUCAAAUUGGAAAUCUUGCAGUUGACUUUUCGAGUCCUCUGCAAAAGUAUCUUGUGUGUGAGCAAAGUGCGAAGUGAUUCCGUGGGUUUGGUCGAGAGCCACCGUCGCGUGCGAUUGUCAAAAUUCCGGCUCUGGAGUGGUUGAAAUUCGAAAGUGGAUCGAGUCUAAAUUUAAUGUUUACAGGUCUGCGCCGGUGACGGACUAGCAAAGGAGAUGGUACACAACGGGAUGAUCUGCGGAGCCGUCGAAGAUGAUUUUGGUUCUUGCUUUGACAGUAGCCUAUAUCAACCAAAUCCUGACGGAUCUAAUUCCGAUGAUUCAGCAACGUUGAUAAGCAAAAUAAACACCGAGGAUUUGAUUACAUUGAGUCCGAGAGAAAUGACGGCGGGGCACGAAGUUUUCGAAGAGCAGUCCCGGGAUACUGAUUGGCAGUCACAUCCUAUACCACCAGGGGGAAAUUAUUUCUGGCAAAGUAGUAUUGGAGAUAUUCCUCAGCAAGAUGCAUUGAAUCAACAGCAUACAUUCCCGAAUUUAGAAGAGCAUGAUCAAGCCAAAUUAGACUUUAAAAUUGAAUUAAAGACAACAAAUGGUGGGAAAAGCUCUUGGUACUAUUCCGAGAAAAUGAAGAAAGUUUACAUUCGGAUGGACCAAACUAUUUACUUACAAGUUCAAUAUUUGUUCAUUGCAAAAACUGAAACUGAACCAGCAAGUCUCCGAGUAAUGAUGGUUUUCCAAGAUGAUAUCGGUAUGCCAGUUAAGCGCUGUAAUAAUCAUAAGGCCAGUGGAAUGGACGCAGCUACUGAAUCACAUAAUUUUGGAGAAGCUUACAUUGAAUCCGUGGUUCGUUGUGUUAAUCCACAUGCUAAAUAUGUUGGAAGUGCCGCAGGCAAGAAUGUUAACGAGCGACUGGCUGUGCUUAUUCCUCUCAGUCCAGUGGCACCGGAUGAUAAAAAUAUUACUAAGCAAUCUAUUGCAUUGAAAUUUUUAUGCCAAAAUUCUUGCAUCGGUAGACGGCCAACUGCUGUUAUUUUCUUUCUUGAAAAUAAGGACGGGGUCGUGCUUGGUAAACGCUUUUUAAGUGUGAAAAUCUGUAGCUGCCCAAAGCGAGAUAAGGAAAAGGAGGAAUCAAAAUGCAAUGAAUUAAAAAGGAGCUCAGACGAAGCAAAUCUGCCGCCCGGAAAGAGACUGUCGAAGAAAAUUAAAGAGGAGCCAGAGGACAUUUCACAUGAUUCGCCUACAUCAGAAGUGGAGCAGGCUAAUGACGAAGAAAUUCGAAUGGAGAUAGCGGUUCCAGAUAAAGAAUUUAUGGAUGAUGUUUACAACUACUGUUUUGCAAUGAUUACACAACGUAUGGCGUUGGACCCAAAUAGUAACAAAUACAAUAGGUAUUUUAAGGACUUAAAAAGCAAAGUGCUAGCCAAAAGAGGAGGGCAAUGAACCUGUCCAGUGUGGAAGAACUAAACAGCUUGUUGCUACAUAAAAUCAAAUUGUCUUGAAAUUAUCCUUUUCGUAACGAAUUUUUCGUUUUUAUUAUCCAAGCAAUUUUCCCAAAAUGUUCAAAAUAAUAUAGAUUCUCUUUAUAUGUCAAGUUUACUGUGAAGUUAAACGGCUAGUGGCAACCUGGUUAUUAUAUGGGUUUCAUUCUUUCCUUUUAUCCGCUAACAAACGUCUCCUUUUGUCAUUCAAUUAGCUACUGAAUGAUUAUUCCCAACGAUUCCCAAUGGUUCUUUUCUUUUUUCAAAAAAAAAACCAAGUGUUGAUUCACACGUAAACCUGACACUUACACAUACUUAUAGUUAAGUAAUAUGUUUAUAUUUAAGAGUAAAAACAUUGCCCGGUGCUUUCGUUAUCAGUGAAAUUACGUCAAUAUGUAUGUUGGAUAAAUUUUAUUUCGUCUCAAAUAUGUUUUUUCCAAGACAACUUCCGAACCCACGUGAUAGUACACAAGAGUGUAAAAAAAAUGAUAAUAUAAUCUAAUUUUUAAAUUUCAA